CGCGCAUUAGUCACAUGACCCAUCGACGUCACGCCUUCGUAUGCUUUUGGAUUCGGGCAGAAGAAGAUGGCGGCCUCCUCAGGAGUUAAAGUCCCUCGCAAUUUUCGUUUGUUGGAAGAGCUUGAGGAAGGACAGAAGGGUGUCGGUGAUGGGACAGUGAGCUGGGGUCUGGAGGAUGAUGAGGAUAUGACUCUCACGCGGUGGACGGGCAUGAUCAUCGGACCUGCACGAACUAAUUACGAAAACAGGAUAUACAGCCUGAAAGUGGAGUGCGGACCUAAAUAUCCCGAAUUACCACCGAAUAUUAGAUUUGUUACAAAAAUUAGCAUGAAUGGAAUAAAUAAUUCCAAUGGGAUGGUGGAUGCACGUAGCAUACCAAUUCUAGCAAAAUGGCAAAACUCAUAUAGCAUUAAAGUCGUUCUUCAAGAGCUGAGGCGUCUUAUGAUGUCCAAAGAGAAUAUGAAGCUUCCUCAACCACCGGAAGGACAGACGUACAGCAAUUAAUUGUAAAUGAUUGUUAUGACCCUCUGUCUUAAACCUUACUCUCUUAGAAAUGUCUUGUAAAUCAUCAGAAAAAGAAAAAACAAAACUAUUGCUCACUCCACACUCAAACAGUCUCCGCUGCAGGAGCACAAUUGGACAUUUCUAAUAGUUUAGCUUGAGAAGCAAAGAAAGGAAAAUGCUUAUAUUGUGUGGCACCAUGUUCAGUUCUGUUUUGAAAUCAAGAGUGCACAAAUCUCUCUCUUCCAGUUACAUUUACAUCGACCACAAGCUUUGUUGAUGAGCUGAAUCCUGUCAGCAUACACGCAGAAAGAAGGCAUGCUAGGUGAGGUUUAUACAGAUCUGUUCAUUUUAAGUUAAAGUAAUGGGACACCAAAACUAAAAAAAAUUAGGAUGCAUAAACAAUGGCAUGCUUAUUAAAAAAAAAAAAGGGAAAAAAAGAAACAUAAAAAAGCAGUUGAGUAAGUUGUAUGUUAACGUUUAAAGAACUUUUUUUGUGUGUGUAUCUGAACCCCUCACUCACAAUAACGUUAAGGGUCCUAAAAGUGUGCCUGUAGUCUUCUAGUAGACUUUCUCUUCUGUUCGGUUUUUAUUUUUAAUGUCUGUAUUUGACACAAUCGCAAUUUGUUUCAGCGUGUUGUAAACGGAUGCUCUGUUCUGUUCUGAAAUCAAGCCGUGCGCAAGGAUCUGUCGGGUGCAUUAAAAUGUGACUCUCCAA